CCUGCCUGCCUCCUCGCACAUAUACGCAUGUCUGCUCAUUUUCGGCCCCAGAAGAAGAAGGUACACGGACCUGCCUUCUUGAAAGCUUCACGCGCUUCUCCGCUCCCUUCAGCAUGUUGUUUUCAUAGUUUGGAGCCCGCUCGUGCCUUUUGUUGUUUCCUGCUGAAGCCUUUGAGCUGACCGGUGCCAGGAGGAGAAGGCAGAUAACUCGACAACCUCUUAGGGAAAAAAAAAGACAAGAAUGCAACACUGGACUGCUGCUCGUGUGUUAUUUCUGCCCUGAUUUUUACCAUACGGUGCUUUUAAACUCCUCGUCUGCUGGAGUAGAACCAGUUGAAGCUAAUUUUCUUCAAUGCACGCGCACUAGAAAGGAAAGAAAAAAUAACGGAGGAACAUUACAAGUCGGGGAUCAUCACCUAAAACCCAACAGAGUCCUCGACCUGCAGGGUCUCACCCUUAAACCUGAGGAACGAUGUCAUCUACUAAAUACAAGAAGGAUAAGGAAAUCAUAGCGGAUUAUGAGACCCAAGUGAAAGAGAUCCGUAACCAGCUGGUGGAGCAGUUCAAAUGCUUGGAGCAGCAGUCUGAGUCUCGCAUCCAGCUGCUGCAGGACCUGCAGGAGUUCUUCCGCCGCAAAGCAGAGAUCGAGCUGGAGUACUCACGCAGCUUAGAGAAACUGGCCGAGAGGUUCUCCUCCAAGAUCCGCAGCUCCAGGGAGCACCAGCAGUUCAAGAAAGAUCAGCACCUGUUGUCCUCAGUAAACUGCUGGUAUCUGGUACUGAAUCAGGCGAGGAGGGAGAGCCGAGACCAUGCCACCCUCAGUGACAUCUACACCAACAACGUCAUCGUCCGUCUGGCCCAGAUCAGCGAGGACGUCAUCCGCCUGUUCAAGAAGAGUAAGGACAUUGGUAUACAGAUGCACGAGGAGCUGGUGAAGGUGACGAAUGAACUAUACACUGUGAUGAAAACGUACCACAUGUACCACACUGAGAGCAUCAGUGCAGAGAGCAAGCUGAAGGAUGCUGAGAAACAGGAGGAGAAACAGUUCAGCAAAUCUGGAGAUCUCAACGUGAACCUUCUCCGUCAUGAGGACCGCCAGCCCAGACGGGGCUUUGUGAGGAAAAUAGAGAAGAUGAAAGAGAAGAGGCAGGCCAAGUACUCAGAGAAUAAGCUGAAAUGCACAAAAGCACGGAACGACUAUUUAUUGAACCUGGCGGCGACAAAUGCAGUCGUGGCAAAAUAUUACAUCCAUGACGUCUCCGAUAUGAUUGAUUGUUGUGACCUUGGCUAUCACGCUAGCUUGGCUCGCACCUUCAGAACAUACCUGUCUGCUGAGUACAACCUAGAGACAUCUCGCCACGAGGGACUGGACAUCAUCGAGAACGCUGUGGACAACCUGGAUUCUCGCAGUGACAAGCACAAGAUCAUGGAUAUGCAUAACCAGGUGUUCUGCCCUCCGAUGCGCUUUGAGUACCUGCCACACAUGGGGGAUGAGGUGUGCCAGGUGAGCGCCCAGCAGCCCAUCCAGACUGAGCUCCUCAUGCGCUACCACCAGCUGCAGUCUCGCUUAGCGACCCUUAAGAUUGAGAAUGAGGAGGUGAGAAAAACCUUGGAUGCAACCAUGCAAACGCUGCAGGACAUGCUGACAGUGGAGGAUUUUGACGUGUCGGAUGCUUUCCAGCACAGCCGCUCCACUGAGUCCAUCAAGUCUGUGGCUUCUGAGUCUUACAUGAGCAAGAUGAAUGUAGCCAAGAGGAGGGCGAACCAGCAGGAGACUGAAAUGUUUUACUUUUCGAAAUUCAAGGAGUUCCUGAAUGGCAGUAACCUCAUCAUUAAGCUUCAGGCCAAGCAUGACUUACUGAAGCAGACACUGGGUGAAGGGGAACGGGCUGAAUGUGGAACCACAAGACCCCCCACUCUCCCCCCUAAACCACAGAAAAUGCGGAAGCCUAGGCCGCGCUCCUUGUAUAACUAUAAGCUGUUUAACGGCAAUAUGGAGACCUUCAUCAAGGAUUCAGGUCAACCAAUUCCACUUGUUGUUGAGAGCUGUAUCAGAUACAUCAAUCUCUACGGCCUGCAGCAACAGGGCAUAUUUCGCGUGCCGGGGUCACAGGUGGAAGUCAACGAUAUUAAAAACUCAUUUGAGAGAGGUGAAGAUCCCUUGAUUGAUGAGCAGAAUGAGCAUGAUAUCAACUCAGUCGCAGGAGUGCUUAAGCUCUACUUUAGAGGACUGGAGAAUCCGCUCUUCCCAAAGGAGCGCUUCCUGGACUUCAUCUCUACUAUUAAGCUGGAGUCUGGGGCUGAGAGGGCACAUCACAUCCAGCAGAUUGUUGUGACUCUUCCUCGUACCAUCAUCAUCGUCAUGAGAUACCUUUUCGCUUUUCUAAAUCAUCUGUCCCAGUACAGUGAUGAAAACAUGAUGGAUUCAUACAAUUUGGCGAUCUGCUUUGGUCCAACCCUGAUGCCCAUCCCAGAUGGACAGGACCCCGUCGCUUGCCAGGCUCAUGUUAAUGAAGUCAUCAAGACCAUCAUCGUCCACAAUGAGGUCAUCUUCCCGAGCCAACGUGAGCUGGACGGCCCGGUGUACGAAAAGUGCAUGACUGGAGGGGAGGAGUACUGUGACAGCCCCCACAGUGAACCAGGAACCAUUGAUGAGGCUGACAAUGGGACUGAACCACACACCAGUGAUGAAGAGGUAGAACAGAUCGAGGCCAUCGCUAAGUUUGACUACUCUGGUCGCAGCCCUAGAGAGCUGUCCUUUAAGAAGGGAGCAUCCCUACUGCUGUACCACAGAGCCUCUGAAGACUGGUGGGAGGGACGCCAUAAUGGUGUGGAUGGCCUCAUUCCACAUCAGUACAUUGUAGUACAAGACCUGGAUGAUGCUUUCUCAGAUAACCUCAGUCAGAAAGCUGACAGUGAAGCAAGCAGCGGACCGUUGCUGGAUGACAAAGGCUCAUCAAAGAAUGACGCCCCAUCACCAUGUGAACCAUCACCUGACUACAACUUCAGUGGAGUCAUGGGGAGGGUAAGACUACGGUCAGAUGGGGCUGCGAUCCCUCGCCAUCGGGGUGCCACAGACACGCACAGCCCCACCAGAGGUGCUGACACCCCUCCUCGCGCUGCAGCCUGUCCCAGCAGCCCCCACAAAGUGUCCAUCAGCAAAGGUCGGAUGGAGAGCCCAGAAAAGAGACGUCUUGGCACGUUUGGCAGCGCAGGAAGUAUCAACUAUCCAGACAGGAAGGCAUAUCCCGAGGGCCACCCUCUGAGGCCGGUGCCAGGGGCCACUCGUCACAGCAGCCUCGGGGACCACAAAUCACUGGAGACUGAAGCUCUGGCUGAGGUAAAGGACAUUGAGAAGACCAUGACGACUGCCCUCCAUGAGCUGCGAGAGCUGGAGCGACAGAACACGGUCAAACAGGCUCCUGAUGUUGUUUUGGACACUUUGGAGCCCAUGAAGAACCCUGUCAGCUCUGAGCCCGGCAGCCCUCUGCACACCAUCAUGAUCCGAGAUCCCGAUGCAGCCAUGCGCCGCAGCAGCAGCUCCACCUCCGAAAUGAUGACCACUUUUAAGCCUGCUCUCUCUGCUCGCCUGGCCGGAGCUCAGCUACGCCCUCCACCCAUAAGACCUGUACGCCCUCCUCCCACCCAGCACCGCACUAGCAGCUCCAGCUCUUCAGGGGUCGGCAGCCCUGCGGUGACUCCCACUGAGAAGAUGUUUCCUGGUAACAACGCGGCCGCUGGGUCGAAUAUGAACACGCCUGGUGAUGCAGGUGACAAGUCUGGUACCAUGUAGCGAAGGUGGAAUCUGAAAGGUGGGAAGGCUUUAAAGUUUUCCACAUGAGGGGAAAGCUUAUGAAAAGGGUGCUGAUGUGAAAAAAAGCAGAUAGGGACAUGUUCCUCUCUGUUUCCUGCCUGACUUAACUCACCUAUACAGAAAGCUCCUAAAGCUUUAACCACGUCAACAAAGCAGUGGAAGAAGUUGUAGGGGUUUGAGAGCCUAAAGCUCUUUGAAACUUGAUUUAACUACAGAGAAUGUGUCCAAGAACACAUGUAUUUCAGUUUUACCUCAGUCACACAGAUAACAGUGAAUGCAAGUGAAGCAAUACUUGUGUGAUAUUUGGUUUUCACCCAGCGCACAUCAUCCAGCAGUGUUUCAGUCGCUCCUGUCAGUGAGUACGAUACCAACAACUGAACUGAUGUGUGCAAACAUUCAGGAUAAAAUACAAUGUCUGUUUGCCAUGUAGGCAGCAGGCCUUAUGUCUGUAGAUACAAUCGUACUUGAAGUUACCAUGCUCUCUGUUUGUAUUAUAACACAUACAUACAUUGGAUGUUCAGCAAAGUAAGUAACAUUAUAUCUUUCUGCAUGCACAGUUUGGAGAUCAUAAGGAAAAUACUUGCAUCAUUAUGAAAUUUGGUAUCAAGCUUCAGAUGUCCAAAUCUUUGACAGUACUACAUUAAAAAUCUGCAACAUUGGUGCUCUUAAUAUUCCACCUAAAACCUACUGCUAAAGAAAAGAAUAGCAUGAUCUCUAAAAUCUUCAACAUUACUAAUCAGAACUUUAGUUAUCCUGCUCUAUUAUGAGCAGCUAGAUGGUGAGUUGAGCUGUCUCCAUGUCUCUUCUAUGAUAAAAUGGAGAAAAAACUAAUGCACCAACUAAUGUAGGACGUCCUGUUGUUAACUUGUAAAUAUAAUAAAUAGCUAGGACUUUUUGAAGUGUUAAUUUGUACAGUCCAAAAAAGUAAAAGGAAUGGCUGUGGAAGUGAUGUGCUAAGAUCAUGCACCUACCUUUAUAUCAUCUUUGCUAAAAUGCAGAUUAUUUGGCUGUGUAACAUUGAGUUGAAUGAUGUAUGUUGUUCUGUGCGCUUUGAUUGCAUUUGGUAUCUGUACUGUAGAAAAGGAUAAACGGACAACAACAAAGGCCGAAUAGGUUUAUCAGAAUAUGGUUUAGGCUCAUAUUUGUCAAACUCAGUUUGCAAAACUGGAAAUGUUGCCUCCUCGGGUCAUAUCUGGGUGAUUUUAUUGCAAAGUUCCUCUUUUAAAUUAAGGAUGUGAUACUCACUCAGAGGAACAUUGGGAGCAGCUGUUGUGACAUCCAGCUACAACAUCUGUUUCCUACAUUCAUGCCUUUUUCUUGUUCAUGCUGACUGAUACAGUUAAGCUUUAGACCGUUCUUCUUUUUUAAAGAAAAUAACAUUCAAGUGCUUUAAUUUACUUCACCACUCAUGCCAUUCUGACAGCUCUAGUCAAGAGACCUUGUUAUCCGCAUCCCAAAGAGCCUGCUUUUUUCUGCAUGUUUAGCGCUGUAAUGUCUGACUCAUCCUCGGGGGCAGUUAACGGCUCUAUGUGGUGCCUUGCCUUGGUAAAAACGCACAAAUUAUUUCAAUUAUGGAUGUGUUUUUCCUUGAGAAAGGGGCCUUAACAUUUACAGGGAUUGGGGAUGGUAAAUUCUUCUGCUUGCAGCAGUUGCUUAAAUAGAAAUGAAAGCAAAAGAAGCUUAAAUAUCAGCAUGUAAACCAGGCUCUGACUCCAUCUCUGCACUGAUUCAGUUCAUUCUGUAGAGAUACAGGCUAUAACCUGAAAAUAUUAACUUGUUUUAAUAGAUUGUUUUGCCAGCAGAUCUAUAAAUGUCCAGAGGGGCGGGAUGAUUGUAAUGAACAGAGAGUUCCUGCAAACAGAAAAACAGGCAAACAAAGCAUUUAAAGUCAUACAGUGUGCUUGCGCCCUCUGCUGGUUCGUGCUGGUUAUGCCUCAUGAUAACAACAACUCAUGUUGGCCAUACAAGUGUGACCUGCAGCUUCCACAAUCUCAGUUUAUUCAUAUAGUUCUAUGUCUGUUCUGGUUACAGUUUUGCACCUGUGAAAUCUAUGAAGAUGAUGUUUAAAAAAGCAUUUGUCUUUUGAAAUAUGAAGAAAGCACAGAUUUUCAAAAGGUGAAAUUAGCAUAUUUAAUUAACUAGACUGUUUUUUUUAUUUAUAGACACUUGUGUAAGUGGGACAGAAAUUCUGAGUGCCUUUUGUGCACAACAUCAUUUUUAUUAGACUUUUGUAUUUACUUUUUUACUGUAAUAUGUUGUCUAUUAGUUGUCAUGUUCAUUUUAAGCUGAUGGUUGCUUUUAUUUUUUACUUCUACUGCUUCUUGUAAAGUAAACCAACAAAAGGAAAACAUGUAAAAUAAUUCUUCGUGAAUUACAGAAGAAUCACCAUGAAAGGCUUGUCUGUGUUUGGGUGAGCUCUACAAAAAAAAAGUUAUGAAAACUACUGUAAACAUGAUCUACUGAUGAGUUCAGUGGAAUCAUCUCAGAAUAUUUUCUUUUCUCUUUUUUUUUCUCUGUGUGAAAUGCCUGUGCUGUGGUUGAGCCGUAACUCUUGUCAAAUCAAAGUCAUUGCAGAAAUGUUGGAAACAGCAGGAUAGAAAUGGAUCCUACUCCUGCAGAGGUUAUAAAGCACUUGUUGCUCCCUCCUUUUCCUUACAUGUGAUGUAACGUGGACAUUUUCUCUCUGGGAAUGUAUGCUGAAAUGGGUACCACUGUUGGACAUGGAGUUAAUAUUCAAAAGGACGUUACAAUAGGAGAACGGACUGUAGGGAGCAGAGUGUGAGUAGCUGUCACACUGUUUACCUUCUCUUUAGUUGUUUGUCUAGUGAUGCUGUUUGUUGAUGAGUGUCUGGAUGUUUGAAACUUUGUGAUGUAAUGUACACCAUACCACUGACUGGAUGUUGAAACCCCCGGCAUCCAAAUAAAACCAUUAUUGCUCUGU